CUCAUGAACUAUAUAUAAAUUAUGGUAAAAUCCUUUUUAGAUCAUUAGCAAUAGCAAAUAUAAGGCUUCUCCAGUUACCAAUUCUUUUGCACAAAGCCAAGCCGGGAAGGUGAAGACAUGGACAGACGGUAUCAGGGUCAACGUCGUAAGAAUUUUCCAUCAUCUUCAUCAUUCAAUUCCUCAACUGGGUUCCGCUCAAAUCAAACUAAGAGUACCAAAGUUUCAAACUUUUCAAUUAACACCCCAAAGAACGAAAACAACUCCAUUAAUAUCCAUGGUGGAAGAAACACCAAACAAGAAGAUGAAGUACAAGCAGAAGCAAUUGUGGGAACUUGCCCAUUUAUGUGCCCAGAGGACGAAAGGGUCCAGCGCCAGCGCCUAAGAGAUUUAGCUUUCUUUGAAAGACUUAAUGGAGAUCCUAGCAAGUCAUCUCCAGUUCUGGCUGUCAAAAAAUUUUGCAGGACAAUGUCUGCCAAGCAGGUGCAAGCAUCGGAAGUACGCCCUCUUCUAGUACUGGAAGACACUUUAAACUAUCUUUUGAACUUCUUGGAUUCUAAGGAACACCCUUUUGAAGUGAUUCAUGACUUUGUGUUCGAUAGGACAAGGUCAAUAAGGCAAGAUCUUACCAUGCAGAAUAUUGUUAAUGACAGAGUAGUCCACAUGUAUGAAAAAAUGGUUCAAUUCCAUGUAAUAUCACAUCACAAGCUUCGAAGUAGUUGCACCAGUUCAAGUAUUUCUUCAGUGCAUUACCUAAACUUGGAGCAAUUUACAAAAGCUCUAACAUCUCUAUAUAAUCUGUAUGAAGUAAAUCGGGGUUCCAAUUCCACUUUUGGGAAUGAAGCUGAAUUCUAUUCAUUUUACGUGCUUCUUCAUCUUGAUUCUGAUGGCCAAGCAACGUCUUUUUCUGAUCUCCAGGGAGAGUCACUUUCUUUGUGGUUUCGUCGUGUCCCAUCUUCAAUAAUCAAGUCAAGAGAAAUGUGUUUUGCCCGCCGAGUUUUACGGUACUUUCGCAUGGGCAAUUAUAGGCGUUUUCUCUGUGCUGCUGCCAAGGCAUCAUAUUUACAGUACUGCAUUAUUGAACCUUAUAUUGAUCAAGUUCGAGCAUUUGCUCUGUGCUGUAUAAAUAACUGCGGCUAUAAGCUUCAUCCGUAUCCUGUGAUGCACUUAUCCAAGCUUUUGAUGAUGGAGGAGUCAGAUGUGGAGUUGUUUUGCAAUGCUUGUGGUCUUGAGACAUGCACAGAUGAAGUAGGAAAUAAGUUGCUACCCACCAAGCAGACAACUUUUAAUCGUCCCAAGGAAGGAUUUCAAAGAUACAGCUUUUUGGGAUUAGAACAACUUGAGAGGCAAAUUGCAAGUUUCAACAUUUAAAGACAGAAUUCUGCACGGAAAGAGCAGUUGGUGGCUUAACCUUAACUGCCAAUGUAUCAAUCGUCGACUAAUGGGUAACUUCUCUGUAUAUUAGAAUGGACUGUACACUUGUAUCAUAGAUAUUACAGUUGAUUCAGUUGUAUCAUGGCUGCAAAAUGUUGAUUUUCCCACAUAAUAAUACUAAAGCUUGAAACAUGAUUUCAAUAUGUUUAGACUGAGAAUAGAAGAUAGACGUUGAGUCAUAAUCAGAUCAGGAUGCCAUUAAGUGAAAGUAACUUUUAUCGAAACUGCAUAAUUCAUCAUAUGGAACUUAUGAUGCUGUAUAUUUUAGAGUUGUUACUUUUAAUGGAAUUUCAGCUGUGUCUGAAAGUAAUGUAUUUAAGGCAUUAGCCAGAACUUGACUGGAAAGAAGUGAAUUUC